UUUCACAGCCGUCUUUACUAUUACCAUUAUUAAUAUUAUCAGAACUAUUAUCUCAGCUAUUAUUACCAACCAUGCAAACACAAAGAUGUGCCUCGAGAACAAGAAUCAUCUUUCUUUUUUAGCCCCUUAAUGAAACAUUCAUUCAUUCAUCGCCUUGUGAGCUGUGAAACUUUCAAUAAUGACUCUCUUUUUAGCCUCAUUAUAGCCCCUUUUGUUGUUAAUUAAUUACCCUUUUAAAGUUUAAACCUUUCCCGUUAAUCCCCUUUUGCAGAGCAAAAGCUCAAUAUCAUUCAGAGCAUUUAUGCACUGUACAACUUCUCUUUUUAUCUUUUGUGGUUCUGGGUCGUAAUUAUCCUUGUCAGAGACCCUAAUUACUGCUUCUACCCCAUACUUUUUUGUAUACCAUUUUUUCACACCUACCAUCAUUUGUUUGCCGCUUCUUGUUUUUCUCUUUCACUUACCAUUAAAGCUCUGCUGUGUGUGUGCUUGUGAGCUCCCAUUGUAAUUACUAGCUUUCGCAGUAAUAGUAGCUAGCAGCAUUUCUACUGUUGCUAAACUCUGAAAUCUCCUCUGUCUUUUCUUUAUUUGUGGGCUGAGUUCUUGUGAUUCAACAACUGGGUUUUGGUUAGCAAUGGCAGCUCCCUCUGGUUGUUCUGCAUCAGUACCUUCACUGCCACCACCGUGCCCAAAGUCGCCUCCACAGUAUCCAGAUUUGUAUGGGAAGCGCAGAGAAACAGCCAGGGUUCAGAUGCUUGAGAGGGAGAUUGGUUUUCUUGAGGAGGAACUUAAAUCUGUUGAACGCCUUCAACCUUCUUCAAGAUGCUGCAAAGAGGUAGCUGAUUUUGUGGCUGCAAACCCAGAUCCAUUAAUACCCACGAACCGAAAGAAACGCCGGUCAUGUCGCUUCUGGAAAUGGCUUUGCCGAAUGCCCUGUUUUAGCUGUUCAUGGAUUUGCUGUUGCUGCUGCAAUCGGUGCUCUCUUCACCUAGAAAUGCCACGCUGCUGUGACUGCGGUCAGUGUAACUGUAAUCCGUGUGCCUGCUGCUGUCCGCUUCCAAAGUGGCGAUGUGGCUGCUCAUGUCCUGGGUCCAGCUGUCUAUGUCCCUGGUCCAGCUGCUCAUGUCCCAGGUCCAGCUGCUCAUGUCCCCGGUCCAGCUGCUGCAAAAAUAUUUCCUGCAGCAAAAUUGUUGCAUUUUUCCGUCGUGUUCAUGUCCUGAUUGUUCUUGUAGCAAUUGUUUCAAAUGGAAAUGCUCUUGUCCUAAAUGUCCAAAGUUACGGCCUUGCUGCUGUUGUAGAAUAUCCUGUUGUUGUAACCCCUGCAGUACAUGUUUGUAGUAUUGAUGCUUGACGUUUAUGGAAGCUUUGUUCCUCAACAUGGUUUUUCAAUUUAAUUAGUCUAAAUUUUGCAGAUAGUGAGGGCUCUGAAAAAAAUUGUGAGCUAUGAAGUAAGUUUUAUAGUAUUGGCCUCUGCAUUGUUGGUUCCC